GACGGCGCUCCGCUUGUGCGUCACUUCCGGCGAGCCUAGCGGCGACAACGGCAACAUGGCCCUGAACGGCGCUGAAGCCGACGAUUUCUCCUGGGAGCCCCCGACCGAGGCAGAGACGAAGGUGCUGCAGGCGCGACGGGAGCGGCAGGAUCGCAUCUCCCGACUCAUGGGCGACUACCUGCUGCGUGGUUACCGCAUGCUGGGGGAGACGUGCGCGGACUGCGGGACGAUCCUCCUCCAAGACAAACAGCGGAAAAUCUAUUGCGUGGCUUGUCAGGAGCUCGACUCAGAUGUGGAUAAAGAUAAUCCAGCACUGAAUGCCCAGGCUGCCCUCUCCCAAGCCCGGGAGCACCAGCUCGCCUCUGCCUCGGAGCUCCCCUUGGGCUCUCGGCCUGCCCCUCAGCCCCCAGUACCCCGUCCAGAGCACUGUGAGGGAGCUGCAGCAGGGCUCAAGGCAGCUCAGGGCCCGCCCCCUCCAGCUACACCUCCAAAUGCCGGUGUCCUGGCCUGCACACAGGAGGCCCUCCUGCAGAAGCUGACCUGGGCCUCAGGUGAGCUGGGCUCUAGCACCUCCCUGGAGACUAGCAUCCAGCUGUGCAGCCUUAUCCGGGCCUGUGCUGAGGCUCUGCACAGCCUGCGGCAGCUGCAGCACUAAGAAACCCCCUCCUGAGAAAAACCCUCUAGAAAAACAGCUGUUCCUCUUGUGUGGUUUGUUCUUUUCUUGUUCGGAGUGUGCAUGCCAGCCCCAGCUCCACUUGCCUUUUUCCUGCUUUUGGCCUCUCCCCCUACCACUGUCUGCUCUCCUUGAUGCCCUGAGAGUUGAGUUGGGCUUGUUGCUGUGCAGUUUCCCCACUCAGACGAUGAAGGGGGAGGGAGAGGACUCUGUGAUACUGUUUUUCUGAGGAGGAGGCCCCAGCCUCCUCAAAGGCAGGAACAAGAGGGGUGGGCCUCUGCAGCACCCCUGCAGCCUUUUGAGCCAUCCAGUUCUCAUUCCCACCCUUGAGUGAGAUUUGGGGUUCCAAUUCUCUUGGUAGCUUCUCCUUCUGCCCCCAAGCAUCCUGAUACCGUCAUCCUAGCCCACCUCUUGCCCAGCCCAUGUGCUCAGACACUGACAGGGCAUCAGACUCCACGGUAGUGACCAAGUAUGGACUUAACCCAGUCUCUUGACCCCCACUUUUAGAUCCUUUUCCUUGGGCGUUAUAAUUGGGCAGAAUAAUUAAACACAGUGUUGGGGGGAAGCAAAAAGAACCGUGAAGGAACCGCGCCUGCCGCUUUUGGCUUCUUCCCUCCUCCCUUUUUCCGUCUCCCCUUCUGUCAGUACCGCAUUCCUUUUUCUCAGCUUUCCGCGACGUGGGGCGACCCGGCUGGCCCACAGCCGUUGCCCUUUUAAGAGAGGCCCCGCCCGCGCGGAGGGGGUGGGGCAGGGGCGGAGUCCGAGGAGUCGGGGAAGGAACAAAGCACGGCCUGCGGGCGGUG